AUUAGAAUUACAUCUUUCUCUUUUCUAUAAAAUUUUGAAUCAUUUGUAUCAUAAAAUGACGAAAGCCACUUUUUUUGCUAUGUUCAUGGUCAUUCUAGUUUUAGGGACGGUGAUGAAAGAUACGCAAGGACAAGAAUUAUGUCAUGACUUAUUUGCAGAACCACAAAUCUGUAACCCUACACAAUGUGCUAAUCAGUGUACUGCAAAGUGGAAAGGAUCAGGCAAGUGUCUAGGAGAAACCAAGAGCUGCAUAUGCACUUUCAAAUGCAAAAAAUAAUGUUUUAUUUGUUUAUUUAAACUAUUAUAAAAUAUAUCUUAAUAAAAAAAACGGUUUAGAA